AUGACUUUUACAAACUUCCUGCGUCAGUCAGUGGAGGCUACUGAGGCUCUCAGUGGAAAGACCAUUAAAAAGAUAACAGGGAGUUUGAGGUCCCCAUCAUGCCAACCUGCAGCGUGUGAUGCAACUGUGACAACGUCCUCUGCAGACGACACCGCAGCAAACAUGGACUUCAACGGCACCUGGAAAGUUUAUUCUGAGGAAAACCUGGAGGAGUUUCUUAAAACCGUUGGUGCGCCUGAAAUGAUUAUCAAAAUGCGUAAAGACGUGAAACCGGUGAUCAUUAUAGAGCAGAAAGGUAAAGACUUCACCUACACCAUUAAGACUCCAGUCUUCACCAAAGUCCACUCGUUCAGCCUCGGAAAGGAGAUCGAAAUGAUGACUAUCGAUGGGAGAAAGAUUAAGUGCACUGUCAGAGAGGAGAAUGGGAAGCUGAUAGCUGAAAAUGACAAGUUCACCUCUGUCAGAGAGAUCCAGGGGGAUGAAAUGAUCGAGACUCUCACUGCUGGCUCUGUAACCUUCAUCAGCAGAAGCAAACGAGCCUGACCAGGCAGCUCAUGGAUCCCUCAUCUUAAAGAAGACGAAUGGAGUUUACGCAUAAAUAAAUAAAGC